UUCAGAGCUCUCCAAUUCCAUGCAAGCAGCGACUUUUUAAAACCAAUCAUCUCCAUAACACAUCUGUGCAUGAGCUCGCAGACUCGUGUAUGCUAUCGCCUGAACAGAAACUCUGUGUUUGGUGAUCAAAAAUCCCGUGAUUCAAUUUAACUGCAUCUUUUGCUCUACCAAAUCCGACACAGAACCCCAUCUUUGCAGCUAACCCGGUCUCUGAGGCUGCGAGUGCAAGAAUCCGUGAUCAUAUCUUACCGUGUCAAAACAUAAUAAUACUUCAUUUUGACACCGUCUAAAAUCGGUUUAAUUGUGGGACGUGCUGUGUCUCGCCUCUCGGGAGCUGUCCAUCCUUCCCCAAGACUGUGUUGCUAGCCCAAGCAUAGUCAGACUAUAUUACUACAUUAAAAAUGGAGGGCAAAUACGCGUCAGACCCCGAAUGGGCUUCAAUUCAACCCAUUCCUCUCAACGAUGGCUCUGAAUCCGGUGCCCAGCCUCUGGCUACCAUUGCUUAUCCCCAAGCAUACCUCGAAGCCACCUCAUAUUUGCGCGCAGUCAUGGCCGCCAACGAGAUGUCUGAAAGGGCCUUGAAGUUGACUCAAGACAUCAUCUCAAUGAAUCCCGCCCAUUAUACCGUAUGGAUUUACCGAGCAAAGAUUCUUUUUGCCUUAGGGAAAGACCUUCAGGAUGAACUGGAAUGGUUGAACGGUGUAUCGCUCAAGUAUCUGAAGAACUAUCAGAUUUGGCACCAUCGCCAAGUUCUGGUAUCACGCGAGGACUUCUUUCCUACGCCCCCACACAAGGAGGCAGACUUCUUGAUGGAAAUGUUUGCCCAGGACUCCAAGAACUACCACGUGUGGACCUACCGCCAUUGGUUGGUGCGGCAUUUCAAGCUGUGGGAUGCCCCACGCGAGAUCCAAGAUGUGGAAGCCUUGUUGACCUCGGACGUCCGAAACAAUUCCGCCUGGAAUCACCGCUUUAUGCUUCGUUUUGGACCUCGUGACGGAGAGCCCGAUGCAGGGAUGCCGAAUAGUGACGGCCCCCCCUCGGAGAAGGGCCGGCUGGCAGUGGUUGAUGAGGACGUAGUCGACGCUGAGUUGAAGUUCGCCCAGUCCAAAAUCGUCCGGGCGCCCGAGAAUCGCAGUCCAUGGUCUUACGCGAGGGGUGUUCUGCGCGCUGCAGGCCGACCCCUAGCGGAGUGGAAGGACUUUGCUGGAAAGUUUGUGACUGAAAAGCACGACGGGUUCGAAGUGAAAAGCAGUCAUGCCAUAGAAUGGCUCGCUGACGUGCUGGCAGAGGAAACGGAACCAACGUCAGGCCAAAAGGCGGUUCAGAUGCUCACAUUGCUAAAGGAGAAGUAUGAUCCCAUCCGGAGGAAUUAUUGGGAUUAUCGGAUUCGAUCUAUCGCAGGACAGGAAGCGACGACUUCUGCAUGAUUGCGAAUUUUGAUUUAAGCUCAGUCAACCAAAAUAGCGUUGUAUGUAUCCAAUCAAACUCAAGUAUA